AGCCGGUCAUGACUGCCAAUGACGGUGCAAGACUAAUUAGACGACCCGAGCCGACUCGUCGAGGCGCCAACAAAGCCGACAAAAACGUCCGAGCGUCCAUCGUGAGAGAGACUUCAGCGAAGAUAUGUGUACACCACACCACAGCCAUAUAUAUAAGACUUUUGUUCGCCCCUGAACUUGUUCACCCAAAACUUACCCAUAGCAGUCUAAUCCAACACCACAAAAAUCCCGGGGUUCGAUUGUCCUCAAAACAACGAUGAUGUCGCGUGCCACAAUUAACACUCUUCGGAUAGCUUCGCAAAUAUGUGGACCCAAGAUACCGUCGUCGUUGGUGUCAGCUUCGCAAGGAUUGAUACCCGUUGUCAACGCUCGCUGGAGUUCCCAUUCGCCCUUGGGUGCAACACUCACCACACGGAAGCCGGUCACCAUCAACACCAUCCAGAGUAUGUAUCGUAAGAAGGAACCCAUCACGGUCAUCACCGCACAUGACUUCCCAAGUGCGUAUGUCGCGGAUCACGCCGGCAUGGAUGUAGUUCUUGUCGGAGACAGCCUCGCUAUGGUCGCCAUGGGUAUGGACGAUACCAGUGAAGUAUUGCUCGAUGAGAUGAUCCUGCACUGCAAGUCAGUAUCGCGAGCUGCCAAGGGAGCCUUCACAGUAGGAGAUCUACCAAUGGGCAGCUACGAGAUAUCGCCUGAGCAAGCCCUUGCUUCUGCGAUUCGUGUAAUCAAGGAAGGCCGCGUCAAGGCUGUUAAGCUGGAAGGCGGAAAGGAUAUGGCACCGACUAUCGCCAAGAUUACAGGUGCUGGUAUCCCGGUCCUUGCUCACAUCGGCCUCACGCCCCAGAGACAGAACGCGCUCGGUGGUUUCCGAGUGCAAGGCAAGACCAAAUCCUCAGCGGUAAAGUUCCUUGAAGACGCCCUCGCUGUCCAGGAGGCAGGUGCGUUUGCCACAGUCGUCGAAGCGGUGCCAGCUGAGGUUGCUGAGCUGGUAACGAAGAAGCUGGGCAUUCCCACUAUCGGCAUUGGUGCUGGCAAUGGCUGCUCAGGCCAGGUGCUUGUUCAGGUCGACAUGCUCGGCAACUUCCCGCCAGGUCGUUUCUUACCCAAGUUCGUCAAAAAAUUCGGAAACGUUUGGGAGGAGUCUCUCAAGGGUAUCGAGCAGUACAAGAUGGAGGUGAAGAGUCGAGCGUAUCCUGCGCCUGAACACACGUAUCCCAUGCCCAAGGAGGUAUUUGAGGAGUUCGAGAAGGCGGUGAACGAGAAAGAGUAGAGCCUCAUUUUCGUUGUUGGUGAUUGGUUUGCUGUAUUUCCACAUACCCCUGCUGCGUCAGUAGCGACUUGUUUUGGAUUUUGGUGCUUGGUGUCAGGAUAGGAUGGGGGUUUGUGCCGCGGCGAUCGCGCAGGCAAGCAUUAGAUCGAAUUGAAAGGUUACCCAAAAGCUGGUGACAUUGCAUAGCCUA